UUAGAAAACAAUACCGAAUAAAUUGUUUAGGUAUUACUAAUAUGGAUGCUAAAGGUAUUCUAUUACAAUUUUUCGAGAAUAACCACAGACCAAAUAUGUUUUUUACUUUUGCUGGAGUUUCUGGUGCACUUGCUAUUGCUUUAGGAGCAUAUGGAAGCCAUGCAAAAAGCUUAAAUCUACCAGAGAAUAAAGAAUUCAAACAGAGCUUUGAUUCUGCCAACCGAUACCACCUACUCCAUAAUGUUGUAUUGCUUGCAAUGCCUUUAAUGAAAAGACCUACUUUGGUUGGGUCUCUUUUUAUUUCUGGACAGUUACUGUUCUGUGGAAGUCUUUACACUGCUGCAUUAACAAGGAAUAAGAAAUAUGGAAAACCAGCACCGUAUGGUGGAAUGCUUUUGAUAGCUGCUUGGAUAUCAAUGGUAUUUUGAAUGCCUGAAUGACACUCUCGUUCUAUAAUCGUCUUUUGCAUUUAGAAAUUAGAAACAAUGCAAUGUGAAAAGAAAUAAAUACUCGCUGCCAGUGGUUCUG